GCCCUCCUGGGGGGGCUUCAGCUGUUACCCCCCUGCCCCUCCUUGCCCAGCUUGCCGCCCCCCGCCCCGUUAUUGUGGCCCUUCUUGUGCGGCCUGUCGGAAGGCCGGGACCCGGCUCAGCACCAAGUAAGCUGCCCAAAGCUCUGGGGAUGCUUCUCUCCUCCACACCUCAAAGCUACAGGCCGAGUGGGACUGGCUCAGUUCAGCGACCCGACUGCCCAAGCCACAGUGGCGUCAUCCUGUAUGUUGGCUCAACUGCAGGCUCCAGCCCCACCCCGGGCAGCCCACCCAGUGGAUAUCUGGUGCCUUCGCCACAACACUCUCUGCCCUCCUCCUUGGAAGAGCUGACCCUUACCGAGAUCGGGGCUAUCAAGCCGCAAACAGCCAGCUCUCCCUCCUCGCCCAAGGUAGCCUUCCAGUUCCCUGAGGCGGUUCGCUAUUCUAACAAAGGCCCAUCACCUCCAACACAGAGCAGAGUGCCCGCUGCCAAGCAGAAUGGAGCUACUGGCACCUUCACCAAGACUGGAGGGAUGGUGCUACUCUGCAAGGUUUGUGGUGACAUCGCCUCCGGCUUCCAUUAUGGUGUCCAUGCCUGCGAAGGAUGCAAGGGCUUCUUCCGCCGGAGCAUCCAACAGAACAUCAACUACAAGAUGUGUGUGAAGAACGAAAACUGCAUGAUCAUGCGGAUGAAUCGCAACCGCUGCCAGCACUGCCGUUUCAAGAAGUGUCUGGCAGUGGGCAUGUCAAGAGAUGCCGUGCGCUUUGGGCGCAUCCCCAAGAGGGAGAAGCAGCGUCUCCUUGAUGAGAUGCAGAGCUAUAUGAACAGCUUGAACGAGGCCCCCAUGGACGUCGGCCUGAGCCCUGAGGCAGAUGCCCCACCCAGCCCAAACGUCCAGGAAGAGGAAGCCAUCAAUGCCAUCUCGAGGGCUUACCAUGAUAUCUUUGUGAGUGGCCAAGACCGCCUGGGCAAGCACGGAGGAACUCCGGGGGCUGAGGCCUGCCCCUUGACCAACUACAAUGACCAGCAGCUUAACAACUCCUACGGCUACAGGCAGUACGAGUCGGCUACCUUGCGUUUGUCCAGCUACAGCCCUCAGGAAUCAUCCGGUUAUGUGGACAAUAGUCCCCGUGGCUUCGGCAAUGAGAUCUUCCAGGCCCAGCAGGCUGGCUAUCUGCACAAUGGUGGCCGCUACCCAGCCUUUGAGUAUGGCUAUCCUGAGACAAAUGCCCAGAGGGGCUGCCCUUGGCGGGGGACAACCAGCAGAGGCAUCGCAUGUCCUCUGAACGCCACCCCCUACUGCAGCAAUGGCAAGAGCAGCCAGCAGGUGUGGGAGGAGUUUUCGCAGUGCUUCACGCCAGCCGUCAAGGAGGUGGUGGAGUUUGCCAAGAGCAUCCCGGGCUUCCAGUCACUCUGCCAGCAGGACCAGGUCAUGCUGCUCAAAGCUGGCACCUUCCAGGUGCUGAUGGUGCGCUUCUCCUCCCUGUUCAACCCCAAGGAGAAAGUGGUGACUUUCCUGAGUGGGGAGACAUACUCUCUUUGCAGCCUACGCACCAUGGGAAUGGGAUCCCUGCUGGACGCCAUGUUUGAGUUCAGUGAGAAACUCAGCUCGCUGGGCUUGGAUGCCCAGGAAAUGGCUCUCUUCAUGGCCGUGGUUCUUGUCUCAGCAGAUCGCUCUGGCAUUUCUGAUGUGGAUGCAGUUGAAAUCCUCCAGGAGACCUUAAUACGAUCCUUGAGAACUCUAGUAACCAAAAAGCAUCCCGAUGACUCCACACUCUUCCCCAAGCUGCUUCUCCGUCUCCCUGACCUGAGGACCCUCAACAACCAGCAUUCAGAGAAACUCCUUGCCUUCCGGAUCAACCCGUAAGCCCUCUAGACCAAGUCAGCCUCUUAAACCCUAGGAAAUGCGGGAGGGAAGAAGAACGGCAUAUCAACCGAAUCAAACAAGAUUGGACUACAUUUUGCUCUUUGAAAGAAGGUGAUAGCGGAAGAGGAGCAGAAGGGAUCCGGCAAGGGCGGGGAGCCCAUUGUCCAUCAAAGCUGGGAUCUGCUAACAGCAGAUUCCUCCCUGGUGAGGAGAACCGAUGCAGGAGGAAGAGCGCGUCGCCCGGACAGCGCUCUCCGGGGCCCUGUGUGGAUUUGAAGAUCAUUUCUUCGCUAGAGGAGAUCCAGCAAAUGAACUGGACAUGCAUUGUACCGUUUUGUUCCUAAAUGUGUGUUUUAUAUAUACAUCAUUUCCUCUCAUAUGAUAUUGUCUUGAGGUUCUAUUCUGUAUAUAAAGACAACGCGAGUAUUGUACAUAAUAGUAACUGUUGGUAGCUCUCGGGACGGGAAAACCCUUCAUUCCCUUCCUGAAUCUGCAUGCUAGCCCCAAGUUUUAGCCUUCUUUUGACUCUGUUCCCUGGCGAAAGGAGUAGCAUGUAUGAGGGUGGGGCUAGGUGCUAUACUGUCUUUUAAAGUUGUUCAGUAUAUACUGCAGAUUCAACUGGGUAACUUAUCUUCAGAGCUAAAGUAGAACUACGCAAACUAGCCAGUUUCUACCACUCCUUCCCGAGCAAGCGAGCAGGGCUACAGUCGUAUUUUUUUUUGUCUUGUCUGAUGUGGGUAACUAUAUAAUGUAUAUUUUGUAAAAAUAUCUUGAAACCACAAAAGGAGCUUCCACCGGUACAUAGACGGAAUUGCACUCAAGAUGGCCGUGACGAUGCCUGAUGAGGUUUGGGGCUGGUUUCUCUGAAAGGCAGUUCAUAACGGAAGGCAAGCACAAGUUGGAGGG